GUCCUCACCUCGAUGGUUCUGCUGUGGUGGGCGGCCAUAUUGUCUCUGAUACAGCAGAAAUCACAUACACCGGCGUGUUAGCAGGCAAGGUGUGCUGCCUACUACCACUAAUGUCUUUUUAGGGGGAUCUCAUUCCUUCGAUUUUUAAAACGUACCACAGACUCAGCAUCUCUCCAAGUCCACUGUUCUGUUGGAAAUAACAUCAUCAUCCACUCAUCUCUUCCCCCUCACCCUUUUACGUCUACCACCACCUCUGCCAAACUGUCGGACAUGUCAGGACCCGUGCCUAGCCGGGCUCGAGUGUACACUGAGGUUAACACUCACCGGCCCAGGGAGUACUGGGACUAUGAAUCACAUGUGGUUGAAUGGGGAAACCAGGACGACUUUCAGCUGGUGCGCAAACUUGGUCGCGGCAAAUACAGUGAAGUAUUUGAAGCUAUUAACAUCACUAACAAUGAGAAGGUGGUUGUGAAGAUAUUGAAGCCAGUGAAAAAAAAGAAAAUCAAACGAGAGAUCAAGAUUUUGGAGAACCUGCGAGGAGGUCCUAAUAUAAUAUCUCUCAUUGAUAUUGUAAAAGAUCCUGUUUCACGAACCCCAGCUUUGGUCUUCGAACAUGUAAAUAACACAGACUUCAAGCAAUUGUACCAGACGUUGACAGAUUAUGACAUCCGGUUUUACAUGUAUGAGAUUCUCAAAGCCUUGGACUACUGUCACAGCAUGGGAAUCAUGCACAGAGAUGUAAAGCCACAUAAUGUAAUGAUUGAUCAUGAACACCGGAAGUUGCGUCUUAUUGAUUGGGGGCUGGCAGAGUUUUACCACCCGGGGCAGGAGUACAACGUCAGAGUCGCUUCACGCUAUUUUAAAGGACCAGAACUCCUAGUUGACUAUCAGAUGUAUGACUACAGUCUGGAUAUGUGGAGCUUGGGUUGUAUGUUGGCCAGCAUGAUCUUCAGGAAAGAGCCCUUUUUCCAUGGCCAUGAUAAUUAUGACCAGUUGGUAAGAAUAGCAAAAGUUCUUGGGACAGAAGACCUCUAUGACUAUAUUGACAAGUACAACAUUGAGCUUGAGCCUCGAUUUAAUGACAUUCUGGGAAGACAUUCCCGUAAGCGGUGGGAGCGCUUUGUUCACAGUGAGAACCAGCACUUGGUGAGCCCAGAGGCUUUAGAUUUCUUGGACAAGUUGCUGCGCUAUGACCACCAGGCUCGACUAACAGCCCGGGAAGCAAUGGACCACCCCUACUUCUUUCCUGUUGUAAAAGAUCAGUCUCGUGUGGUUGGAUCAACCAACCAGCCCAGUGGUAAUCCUGCCGUUAGUACAGCCAGCAUGAUCACAGGAAUCUCUGCCUUGCCUGCGUCCACUGCCCUGGGACCCCUGAUUGGCUCGCCUGUCCUGUCUGCUGCCACUAAUGUCCUGAGCACCCAAGUGCCCGCUGUAGCUGUGCCCCCUCAGUGACCUCCCACCCUCUCCAAGGAUGGCAUGCACCCUGCCACUUCCCGCCGCCAUCCAGCCUCAACUUUGGCUAAAUAGAGCAACUGUCUGAUGUAGCUGCUCUCUACCAGACCUAUGGGCUGGAUCACAAUGAGGGCUGUUUAGACUUCCUCUUGCUCCAGCACUACUAACUGAAAUGGACACGAAUGUACACUGUAAAAUACAUGUGUUCCUUCAGUUGCUUUGGUGAAUACUGGGAAGUAUGGGUAAUAGUGCCCAGUCUGGUCUAUGAAAGAACUCUAUUCUCUGAGAGGUCAAGACUUACAUUUUACUACCCUUAAGAACCAAACCAAGGAUAUAGGUUAGUGUUAUUAUGAGAUUUUUCUUGUGGAUUGUAUUCUCCCAACCCUAGAGAGAUGUGAAUACUUCACAACACGUGCGGCUUUAAGUGACAUAGGAUGGCUCCAGUAUUACCAAAGGUUUAUUCUCGGGAAUAACAGACUGACCUUUCCUUGCUUUGCAUUGCACACAAACGGUUUCAUUGCAGGGCAUUAGUUACUCUUCUGUAAUUAAUCACCAUAUUAUAAUGUAUGCCUUGCCUACUAGAAGGGACUACAUUGUCUGUUAAAUUAGAAAUUGUCACUCAAAUCUCACAUCCUGUCUUCUACGGUUUGGUGACAUAUCCCUGAGGUGUGAGACCAUGAAAUUACUGGGCAUCUUCAAUCAACGCUGAAAUCGUAACUACACAAAUAUAUUUUAUUAGGAAAACUAUUCGCUGAAGAUGUAUAAGGUGCUGUUGAACUGUUGCAAUACAAAAAUUGAAUUUUUUUUCUUUUUUUUUUAGCUUGACAACAGUCUAACAUAAAAUUAUGAAAUAAAUUCCAAACCAAAUAUAAAAAAAAUUGUUACUCAUGUUUUGUACUAUAGCUAACAUGACUUUUUAGAGACUCAGUACCAACGUAAAACCUUCCAUACAGCUUGAAGGAAAGGGCUUCAUAAAUAAUUUACAAACCUUUGAAUUACUUUUUUGGUUCAUACCAGAUUAUGGUCAUGAUUGUGUUAGCUGCUGUGUUGAUGUCAAACAGGUGAAAAAUGCAAAGGUGCCACAAAGUGAAAGCUGUACUGUACAUAUACCUGUAUUUUUUUAAGUGUGAAAUGGCAUAUAAAACAGAACAAUAUAUCUAUGCUUAAAAGUAUGGAAGUCUUGACAUCUCUGUAUAUAUUUUUAUGUGUGUAUGUGAAGAACAAGUGUUUAAAAAUAUUUGUAAAUAAAUGUUUUAUUUAUCAG